CCAGACCGGAAAGCGGUUUACAGUUGGUAGGCUUUUAUUCUGUGCAUCUAAACCUAAGCUGCAACCGGAGUUGCAACUUUCUGAACAGACCCCCGCAGAGAUUCCAUAAGGGAAAACGAGGAAGAGUGAGUGUGUGUGUGUGUGUGACCUGUGUAUUUAUCCGGGCCAAAGGUGGCGAUUAAGAGCUGCUGCUGCAACGCCGCCUUCCAAAGCGGGCUACGUACCUGUGCCAUUAACCAUCGCUUAUCAGAUCCACCGGACGUGAGCUGUCCCAACCCCAAAGGAAUUGGGAAAUGAGCAGCAUGUCGCACGACAUCCUCAACAUCGUUGUGGUCGGAGAUGGUGCCGUUGGGAAGACUUGCCUCCUGCAUGCCUACACGGAUGAAUCGUUCAAGAAUUUCUACCAACCGACGAUAUAUGACAAAGAAUCAAUUGAGAUGAUAUUGGACGGACGGAGGCAAACGAUACAGUUGCACGAUACGGCUGGUCAGGAAGAUUACGAUCGCAUAAGGAAACAGUUCUACAAACGGGCUAACUGCUUCCUACUCUGCUACAGCAUCGACAAUCGGAUCUCAUACGAAAAUAUCACCGCCAAGUGGGUCCCGGAAAUUACUGCUGAACAGAGUGUUCCCAUCGUUCUAAUAGCCACCAAACUUGACCUACGUAAGGACAUCAGUACCGAAGUGAGCACAGCCGAAGGUGAAAAACUCAGCCGCAAGAUCAAUGCCAACUCCUUCGUGGAGUGCUCCGCCAAAGCCGACAUCAACGUGAAACUAGCGGUGGAGGAAGCCGUCCGAGCGUGCUUCCAAGGAGUUCCCGAGCCAACUCAGGAGGACAGCUGCUGUGGGAUGUGUCCACUAUCCUAAGGGAGCGAGGGACGGGAGUUCUUUUCUUGUUCCGAUAGCGAAUGAGUCGGUUCAUGUUUUAUCUAGUUUCUUUUUUAUUUACAAACAGUUCGUUCUGUUACCUUACGCGAUAGAUUUUCAUAUUCUAAAGUUAAAUAGGAAAAUAAGAACACAUUCGUUUUUAGGAAAAUAAACUAACUAAGACAAACACACGAAGGAAAAACUCAA